UGAAGGCGGUGAACCACAGAACGCACAGUCCACGGUUCGUCAGCAGUCGAGCUUACCGAGUCGUGCUCUGCGAACGCUUCCGAAGGGCGACUGAACCGACAUCAACAGACCUUAACUGAAAUUCUGCGAGAAUAUUACCCACGUGCGCUAAUUGGGCAUCGCCUGAACCAGUAGACCUUCACAAGUGAACAACAAUCGGGAACACUCCCUCCAACAACUAUGAACCUUGAUCUGAGAUGCCUUAGCGCCGGCCUUGUCCUGCUAGUCAUUCUUGGGGUCUCAUGGGCGGUGCCCCUGGACUUAUACGACCCCGACGAGUGGCACCAGAAUGAGGCGCAGGAAGAGGUCAAGAGGGACCGCUGGACUUACCCGGCGGUGCCUCCUCGGGAGACCCGCGGCCGUAAGAACUGGAGGUCCAACCCGUACAAGAUGCUGAACCUGGUGGACGACAGUGUCAAGACCUUCGAUUCUCGAAUCAUGCUCUGCGGCAAGGAUCAGGUUUGCAAACAAGCGGAGAAGAGGACUUUCAGAUGCCGCUGCCCCAUAUACACCUUCUGUGUGGCCGACGGCCGGCAGUACGACGCCACCUGCAAAUACAGCCAAGUGGGACUGGUCUACAACCAGCCCAAGUGGUGAUUCACUUGGCCAGCAGCUGCGUUAUAUUGACCCAGCAGCAUUGUUGGAGCGAGUGACAAUGAAAUUCAACCAGUUCAAUCCUAGGACAAGGCUCCGUGUACAAAAGUGUUCAUCCAACCUUGUAGAAAUGUUCAAGUCACCUGAAAGAGUUUCCAUGUUCUUUGUUUUUUCUUUCGGUGUCGGAUAUUGAAAUAGGCUGAUUUAAAUAAAGGGACAAUGAUUUCCUAGUUUUGUCGUGUCGCUUUGUCACCUUUGCUCAUUGUUUAUUGCCAAAGUUUUUUAUUUGGUAUGAGAAGAGUAUAAACAGUGGUUGGUCUGAUAAUUGUCUACGAAAUUAGUCCUAGUUCAUUUAUGUAGACCUGUGUUGAGAACCUUUGUUGUUACGGUCAUUGCCAUGACAAAUACAUGUACAUUUAUACCGUGACUACUGUGCUGAAACUGUAAGCUAGUGGCGAUAUAUUCAUCACGACCGUCUUUAUGCAGUCAAGAGCCCGUUUCCCAGACGACGACAUGUGCAUACAUGUGCAUUAUGCAGCAAUUUGAUGAGAAUGGUCAUUGUCUACUCCGGGCUGUAUUCGCGUGUUACGAACUCAACUUUCAUGAUGCAGGAGAAUGCGUGUGGAUUACUCAGAUCGCACCAAAAGUAAACGUUUACCAGUCUGCCAUCUUGAAAUCACCACGUGAUGCACGAGUAUGCUACCAGGUCUGAUCGACGGUUACCCACCGGGACACAAUCAAGUAACACACUCAAAUGCAGCCCAAGAUUCUCAGCACAUGCACAUUGUAGCCAAAUCGCUAAAGCUGUGUGGUACGAGCGUUCAAGUUGCUUCCACGGGCAAGCCGUGUGAGCUGUGUGUAAAACAAUCAAGGCUUUGGAGCGGAAGUUGAACCCGAGGCGGCUUAUGUAAGCUACUCGAACGCAUAGUAGACACGUGGGACCUGAAAUCAGUGUAGGACCCCUGUCAUUUUCCAAAGUAAUGCUCUGUUUUGUUCUGGGUUACACUAAUCGAUCAGAAAAUGAAAAAAAACGACGGAUUAAAGUGAGCGAUUGCACAACAAUUGUUUUUUUUUUUUAAAGCAUGUCUCUAUAAGGUAAAUUGGUCCAUACCUAAGACGGUGCUCUCCCCACUCUUAAGGCCAUUGUGAGUGAAUUGUAUGGUGACCCCGGGCUCAAAGUGGAAAGCGCUGAAAAUUUCUAGUCGCCCAGAAAUGUAACGUAUAUAUAGCCUUAAUUUCCUUGCCCGUGACUGAAAUAAAGCAUCCGUUGAAGGGUUUCAUUCUUCAGCGGAUAUAAUUUUGAAUGUCGCUGAUAUAAAGCUGUUUUUGCAGGUCUGUCGGUUCGGCUUUAGACAGGAGCACGGUUCUGAACCAGGCUAAUCAAGGGUUUUAUUCCCGUUUGCUUUUUUUGUUCAAGCACAAAUUUAGAGCGUCUAGGAAUUGGUUAAAUGUAGUUGAGAAAUUGUGAUUGGAUUUGAGCAGACUGUGUCUCCAUCUUUUGACUGACUCUCACAACGGUACCGGCCCGCCCAGAUCCUUGAUUAUUCUCGAUCAGGUUCUGGAAAGGUUAAAAUUACACUGAAAAUAGGACUUCAGUGAGCUUGUUUCAUCUCCAGAAGCCUUGUAAUGAGUCAGGCCUGAGAUCGCUAUGAAAAGUACAGUGGCAGGCAGCCAGCUGGCUUCAUUAAUCUGAGAAGACAAUAGCAAACUCGUCACCGAUGGGUGAGCAUGUACGAGGGCAAUAAAGAUUAAUCAUGAUAACGAGCACUAUCGCUCAUUUGUUGCUCAUUUGCAAUUUAUCGGAUAAAUUAUUAAUGAUAAUGCAACCAUUAACCCACCCCCGCUCAUUUUUGGAUUGGAUAAAUCGUUUAAUCAUAUUAACAGAAAAUGCUACUUGCAAAAACGAAGCCUGUACCCUUUGUCUACGCGUAGCAUUUGUUUCUCUAUCCAAUAAAAUUUCUGAAUGCUACGGCAAACCAUCCUGUAGCUUUGCACAAAUCAUCGAAGUCAUCUUUUAGCAUCGGCAAACCGAUGUCCAAGAUGUGCAAUGGCUGGUACAGCAAGUGCCGUGCAGUUAGACAACAAAGGAAAAAAACGUUUACAGUUUCCUAAUCAGGCAGUCGGGUCCCUUUUUUGUCCUAAGGCUACGAUCCCCACAUGAAUUAAAUGAAUCAUUAUGCAAUGAUAUGGCAGCUAAUCUUAUGUAUUUCCUGGGUGUAACUUGUAUAGCAUUAUUAAUUACUGACUUUGAAACUUGAAACCGGUUUGUUUCCAGCCUUAGUAUCAACAGAGGGCGUGCUAGCUCAUCCUUUCAGUAACUGUAGUUUUCUUCAUCGUUUUACCUCCUAACAGACCUUACAUUUGAUUUGAAGUUAUGACUAGCCAUGAGUUCAAACAACAGCACCAAAAACUCGCAAAGAGUUGCAAAAAUCAUAAGCAAAUAUUGAAACACUACAAAUGAAUAAUUCUAACUACUAAGUUACAAUGCUCCAAUUUUAACACUGCGGAAGCAGAAUGUGCGAAAUGUUGAAGGAAAACUUUUCCAAUCAGUCUCCCAUACAAGGUGGCAAUCAGUGUUUGUAAACAAAACCAGGGUCUACUCAGUUGUUCACAAACUACUCCAUUCUCGGGCCUCUUAGCCUUCAACUUAAUAGGCUGCUUUCUCUAUUGCUGUAACAUUUUGUGCCCUUCUUGUUUGUCUUAUCACCUGAGAAAUUGAAAUAAAAGUCGGAGUGAACACUUUU